AUGGGAUCCCGGCACCCGGUGUCUUUGAAGCCUGCUACUGUCCGCGAAAGAACUUUCCUGAAAGAAACCCAGCUGCAAGCUGCAGAAAUGUCUCUGUGCACUGUCCUGGCUGCGAUUCAAGCCGUGGAGAGGAAGGUUGAUUCUUAUGCCAAACAGUUGCUGAGUCUGGAAGGGAGAACAGGAGUGGCCGAGAAGAAGAUACCGGCGCGUGAGAAAAUGGAGAUGGAGUUUGGUAACCAGCUGGCUAUGCUGGGAGCUCUGAUCCAGGAGAAUCAUCUAUUGCGAGGAGGCUGGAGAGCCUGCUGGAGAACAGGAACUUCUGGAUCCUGUGGUUCCCCCAGGGGUCAAGUCCCCAAGGUGCCUGUGACGUUUGAUGAUGUCUCAGUGUAUUUCAAUGAGCAAGAGUGGGAGAGGUUGGAUGAAUGGCAGAAGGAGCUGUACAAGAACGUGAUGAAGGGGAAUUUUGAGACCCUGAUCUCUCUAGACUACUCGGUGUCCAAACCUGACAUUUUGUCUUGGACGGAGCGAGGGGAAGAGCCGUGCAUCAAAGAUCAGCAGGAUCUGAAGGAAAGGGAAAUCCCUAGCUUCCCUGAUGUUGAUCCUCCCAUUCCCACUCCUGAUGUGUUAGCCCAGCUUGAACAAGAGGAAGAGCCGUGCGUUGGGGAACUGCAGGAGUUGGAAGAGAGAGCGAUCCCUGCAUGUCCCACUUCAGGUGUCAGUCACUUUGACUAUGGGCCGUGUAUCCCUCACCUCACUCCUUCCUUUUCUGAGCUUCAGAUGGACCCCAGAAGCAGAAUUGUUUUCCUCCUCUUCCCUCCGGCGAAGGCACCAGGGGUAUAGGUUUUUCACAUGCUGGGGAGGAGACAGGACCCCAAGAUAAUCAGUUUAAAGCACAUAAUGGGAUUGAGAUUAAAAUGGAAGAGCUGUGUCCACGCCCUGUUUUUGGAAACCUGGAACUGCUCUGGAUGUUGGCAAGGAGGGAGGAGGAGGACGUUCCUCGGA